AUGUUCUUGUCAAAACUUAUUCAGAGACCCUUGGCUAGCUCUGAGGUGCGAUUGCUGUGGUCCUGCCGAGCAACAUUCCACACGACCACACGAUGCCUCGAUCAAGACCAACCACAAAAACGAUCGCCUUCUUCUGUCAAUUACAAACUGCGUGGCAAGGCAAGUCAGAAAAAACGCAUUGGCCGACAAUUCAUUGACUUUGUUCGAUUUACUGCACGAGGUGGUGAUGGUGGCGAUGGUUGUGUCUCAUUUCAUCGUGAGAAAUAUCUUGCCAAAGGACCUCCUAACGGCGGAAAUGGCGGACGAGGUGGGAAUGUGAUCAUAAAAUCAUCUUCAGACGAAACGACACUUCGAUAUAUGGGCAGUGGAGGAUCAGCUAAACGUGGUCAGAAUGGUUUGGGUGGAGGACGCCAUGGUAUGAUGGGUGAGAAUCUGGUGAUUCGUGUGCCGGUUGGCACUGUAGUUCGACAGGUGUUUAGAGACAAAAAAGAAGUUGAUCCUGAAGACGAACCAGAGGACGAAGAGGCUCUUGCGCAACAAGCACGCGAGAACCGUUGGGUCUACUUCCCGCGCACAGAACCCAACCAGACUGUGAUUGAAGGCAAAAAGAAUUUUUUCAGACAGGCUGAACGUGUUAUGGAUGAAGAAGACAAAUACUUGCGUUGGAGAGCACGGACCGAGCAACAGACAGUUAUUGAUGUGGAUCUCAAUGAGCCCGAUCAGGAACUUGUUCUGUGUACUGGUGGUAGUGGCGGAUACGGUAAUCCUUACUUCCUCACGACUGACAAUCGGUCUCCAAAGUUUGCAACUCGCGGGCGUAAAGGCGAAAUCCGUGAAUUUGAGUUGGAGCUAAAGACAAUUGCCGACAUUGGUCUUGUGGGUUUGCCAAAUGCAGGCAAGUCGACACUUUUGGGUGCUAUUUCGAAUGCACACCCAAAACAGGCAUCAUAUGCCUUUACGACCCUUCACCCAUUUGUUGGUACUGUGGAUUAUGUGGAUGAUUAUCAAUUGACAGUUGCAGAUAUCCCCGGACUUAUCCAGGGUGCUCACCGUAACGUCGGUCUGGGACAUGCCUUCUUGCGUCACGUAGAGCGUGCCAAGAUCCUGGUAUAUGUCAUUGAUCUGAGCGGAGAGACUCCUUGGGAAGAUCUCAAAGUUCUUCAGAGUGAAUUGGAAGCAUACAGACCAGGUUUAACCAAGCGUCAGUCACUCAUCAUCGGCAACAAGGCUGAUAGAGUAACGACUGCUCGGGAGAAUCUUACUCGUCUUCAGGCAGAAGCUAAGGAUAUUCCUGUCAUUCCUGUGUCUGCACGAUACGAGAAAAAUAUUCUCAAACUCACUUCUGUUUUACGUAAAGAAGUAGAACGUCUCCGUGUCGAGGACAUUGAGCGUAAAAGAAAGGAACUCGAAGAUGAUGAAGACAUGUAAAAAAAAGCAAAAACAAACCACACUAGAUAUCCCUUUCCUUCUUCUUUUGUAGUCCACAAAAUCUUUCCAAACCAUCUUUCACCAAUUGCACAUUC